AUGGAGGCGUGCCAGGGUAACCAGGCAACUCUGCAUCCACAAGUGGUGCUGCCGCUCAUCCUCAAGGCCUUUACCUUACUAGGUUCCUCCUUACCUGGGCCUAUAGCUACAAAGCCCAAUCCUCUUUCUCUAAAAAGAUCCAGCUCCAAUCGGAAACAAGCCAGUGAUGACAUUGCCAUUAAGCGCCAAAAAAAUACUGAUGCUGCUCGACGUUCACGGUUACGAAAGAUGCUCAAGAUGGAAUCUUUGGAACAGCGUGUCCAUGAACUCGAGACCGUAAAUAGCCGAUUACGGUUACGUGUCGCUGUACUUCAAAGCGAACGAGACGCUGUGGAUGAAAGAGAACGUGCCAAUAGAGAACGAGUACGUGCAUUGGAAGCCCAGCUGGCUGUGGCCCACCGCGCUCUCGUCAAAGAGUUCCAAAACGAAAAAUGA